AUGGAGGCCCCAGUCAGUGCUUCCCAGGGAGCCAUGAGGUCCCUUCCUGGUAAGCUGGAUUCGUUGCUAUGGGGACCCAAGCACAACCUGCGGCCAGAGGAGAAGGACAAGCUCCGCAUCCUCCAAGGUGAUCUCCAGGGACUAAUAGACAACUACCUGAUGGAGCCAUCAGAGGUGGAGUCCCCUGCCUCGACAGCCAACUUCUGGAUGAAAGGUGUGCGCGACUUGUCAUAUGACAUCGAUGACUUCCUCCACGAGCUCGCCCAAGUCGGCACCAGCGGUUCCAGGAUCAGCGUUGUUCGUACCCAAAAACUCCCUCGCAUUAAGAUCUCCCGGUUCCCGGAGAAGCUGAAACGGCGCCAAUGGGUUACCGACGAGAUCUUGAGAUUCAGGACUCGCGUCAAGGAGGCAAUUCAGCGGCACAAAAGCUAUCUUGGUGACUGCAAAUGGCGGCCUAGCAGCAUUAGCAUCAGCGGUCAAAUCGGCGAAUACCCGCAACCUCCAUCAGAAUGUGACAUUCGGCUUGUUGGUAUGGAGAGUUCCAUCAGAAAGCUUUGCGGCUGGCUGACGAACGAUGGACAGCCAGAACACAAGGUGGUAUCUAUUGUUGGAACUGGUGGGGUUGGUAAGACCACCCUCGCUAAAGAAGUGUACCAUAAGCUUGGAGGUCAAUUCGAGUGCCGGGCUUUCGUGCGGACAUCGCGAAAACCAGACAUGAAGAGGCUUCUUACCAGCAUACUCUCGCAAGUUUGGCAGAGCCAUCCCCCGGAUUCUUAUGAGGUGCAUAAAGUGGUCUUGAAGAUCAACGAACACCUGCAAGAUAAGACGUACAUAAUUGUAAUUGAUGAUCUGUGGGCAUCAUCAACCUGGGAUAUUAUUAAUCAUGCUUUGCCAAAGGGAAACUGUUGCAGUAGAAUAUUAACAACGACUGAAGUUGACGCUAUAGCUCAGACAUGUUAUGCAGAUACCUCCAUGUAUAUGCCUUCAAGGAAAGAAGGUAACUCCAAGUACGUAUUCAAGAAGGAACCGCUAAAUGAAGAUGAGUCAAGAGAACUUCUUUUUAGUACCGUUUUUGGCCUUCAAGCUGAAUGUCCUCAGGGCCUAAAGGAAGUUUCAAAUGUAAUUAUAAAAGGCAGUGGUGGCUUGCCGCUAAUAAUCAAUAUAUUGGCCCGUCUUUUGGCACAUCAGCCAGCCAGCAGCCUAGAGCAAUGGAAUUACAUAAAGAAUUCACUGAGCUCCUGUUUGACUAGAAAUAAUAAUUUGGAAGGGAUAAACCAAGUUCUCAACCUUGCGUACGACAAUCUUCCCCAUGGCUUGAAAGCAUGCAUGUUAUAUCUGUGUAUGUAUGAAGAGGACUGUGUAAUCCUGAAGGUUGAUUUGGUGAAGCAGUGGAUUGCUGAAGGUUUCAUCUGUGCGGUGGAAGGGGAUGAUGGCAAGGAAGUUGCAUGGAGCUAUUUUGAUGGGCUUAUUAACAGGGGAAUGAUCCAACCUGUGGAUAUCAACUGCAAUGAUGAAAUUCUAUCAUGUAAAGUGCACCACAUAAUACUUCAUUUUAUUCGAUAUAAAUCCAUAGAAGAGAAUUUCAGCAUCGCAAUAGAUCAUUCUCAGACUGCUAUAAGACUUGCUGACAAGGUUCGUCGGCUUGCCCUCCACUUUGGAAAUGUUGAACAUGGCACACUGCCAGCGCCAGCGAGUAUGCAACUAUCAAAAGUUCGAUCAUUUGCCUUUUCUGGAUUGCUCAACUGCAUGCCUUCGAUUGUUGAGUUCCGGUUUCUUCAGGUUCUGGUUCUUAAAUUAUGGGCUGGUCCUGAUAAUAGGAGUGACAACCUUAUUGGAUCUAAUGAGCUGAGUGGCAACAUCACUGAUCCUGAUGACUUGACUGACAACCUCACUGAACCUGAUGACGUUAGUUAUGACCUUACUGAAAUUUCAGAACUUUUCCGGCUGAGAUAUUUUCGUCUUGAUGCACGCCAUUUGAGUGUAGAGCUUCCAACCCAGAUGCAACAGCUGAAAGAUUUGUUGGCAUGGGAAAUUGAUGCUGAAGUAACAUCAGUGCCAUCAGAUAUUGUCGAUCUGCCGGGCUUGUUCUACCUCAGCUUUCCUAGUGAGGCUCAUCUGCCCAAUUGUAUUGGCCGCAUGACAUCUCUUCGCACUUUGGGAGUCAUCGAUCUCGGCAAGAUCUUAACAGAAAAUUUAAUGAGCAUUGGUAAGCUGACUAAUCUGCAGGAUCUUUGUCUCACAUGUUCCACAUUACAGCCAGAUAACCUGGAAAAAAACUUGGAAUGCCUGGGCUCAAUAAUUCGGAAAUUGAGCAAUCUAAAAUGCGUAACUCUGGUACCUGCAGUCACGUCUUAUACAAGUAGUCGGCACGCUGCAUCAAGCAUGAGCAUUUCUUGGCAUGGCUUCACCAUUGUGCCCCUUACGCCAGCCCUUCUUCAGAGACUAGAGUUGCCAUGGCGCUGCUGCAUCUUCUCCAGCCUACCUGAGUGGACCAAUGAGCUUACCAAGCUCUGCAUUUUAAAGAUCGUGGUUAGGAAGUUGUCUAGUGACGAUGUUGUUAUUCUCAGAGGAUUGCCUUCCCUCACCACCCUCUGCUUGUUCAUCUGGACCGUCCCAGUAAGAAAGAUCAUGUUUGACGAUGAGGGAUUCUUGGUUCUGAAGUACUUCAAGUUUGUGUGCGCUGCACCAUGCCUGACAUUUUCAGAUGGAGCAAUGACCAAUGUCCGGAUCCUCAAGCUAGGCUUCAAUGGCAACAGAAUGGAGAGAUACAACUUGGUAGCUGCUGGGUUCGAGCGCCUGAUUAGUCUCAAUGAGAUCUCCGCAAAAAUUUGGGGUGCCAAUGCUCCUGAAUAUAAAAAGCCUGCCAACGCGGUGUUGGCUGACGCCAUUAGCAGCCAUCCAAGAACUCCUAUAAUACAUGUAAAAUGUGUUGAUUGGAAUUUUUUAGGUGAUGACGAGGUGAACGUUGAUGGACAAAAAGAGAGAUGGAACCAGACUUCCAGAAAACAAGAUGUGACCACAGGGGAAAGCUCAGAUGAACAUGGAAUUCAAGAAAAGGACUCGGAGGAAGAUAAAAGGAAACAAGCUGAUAUAAGAACUUUUACUCCACCGGGGUCCACCUCGCAGCUGGAUCCAGGGAAUGAUGAUUACAAUUUUGACUCUGAUCUCCGGCAAAUCAACGACUUGCUGCUUGAUGAAGACGACCUUUUCGCGGGGAUUACAAACGAGGUAGAGCCGUUGGCUGCGCACACAUACAACCCUGCGGAGGAGUUUGUGGAGUUUGAUGUGUUUGGCAGCGGAGGGGGCAUGGAGCUUUACUCAGACCCGCUAGAGAGCAUCACAUCUGGUCUGGGGAACACCAGCAUUGGGGAUGGGCUCAGAGGCAGUGGGGUUAACACCAAUUUUUGCGGGUCAAACAGUCCUGGAGCUGUGGCUGGGGAGAAUCCGUUUGGGGAACACCCUUCAAGGACAUUGUUUGUGAAGAACCUUAAUACCAAUGUUGAGGACUCCGAGCUGCGCUCUCUGUUUGAGAUAAGAGAGACAUCUAACAAAAAACACCACAAAUUUAUUGAGUUCUAUGAUGUGAGGGCAGCAGAAGCUGCUCUUCGGUCACUGGAUAAGAGCAAGGUCGCCGGAAAACACAUCAAGUUGGAGUUGAUUCGCCCUGGUGCAACACGCAGAAGGUACAAGGUGAUCGGGUGA